AUGGCCAACAUCAAUGGGAGCUUUGUCUCCCCCUCGGCUGAUGCCACUCUCUCGCCCCAGUUCUUUCAGUCCGCCGAGUUCCUCCCAGCCAUUCUCAAUGGCUUCACCAUCUGGAAGGCCUUGGUGACCUUGUUCAUCGCCGCUGUUAUCUAUGACCAGCUGCGUUACUUCUAUCUCAAGGGCUCCCUUGUUGGGCCAACCUUCAAGUUGCCGUUCAUGGGACCCUUUUUGCAGUCGGUCAAUCCCAAAUUCCAUGAGUACAAAGCCAAAUGGGACAGCGGCGAGCUGAGCUGCGUCUCGGUUUUCCACAAGUUCGUCGUCAUUGCAUCCACUCGCGAUAUGUCUCGGAAGAUCUUCAACUCGCCGGCCUAUGUCAAGCCCUGUGUCGUUGAUGUCGCGCACAAGCUCCUAGGCGCCGACAACUGGGUGUUUCUGGAUGGUAAGGACCACGUUGAAUUCCGUAAGGGAUUGAACGGUCUCUUCACCCGCUCCGCCCUCUCUUGCUACCUCCCCGAGAUGGAGGAAUGCUACAACCAGUACUACAAGCGCUUCCUGAAGAAGUCCAAGGCCAACCAGUACAAGCCCGAGCCCUGGAUGCCCGAGUUCCGUGAGCUAAUGUGUGCGGUUUCUUGCCGUACUUUCGUGGGUCACUACAUCACCGACGAGGCCGUGCAGAAGAUUGCCGAUGACUACUACAUGAUCACCGCUGCGUUGGAGCUGGUCAACUUCCCCUUCAUCCUUCCUUUCACCAAGGCCUGGUACGGAAAGAAGGCCUCCGACAUGGUCCUGCAGGAAUUUUCAAACUGUGCUGCCAAGAGCAAGGCUCGUAUGGCUGCUGGCGGAGAGAUCUCGUGUAUCAUGGACGCUUGGGUCAAGUCACAGCUGGAUUCUGCGAAAUACCGGGAGAAGAUCGCGAACGGUGUUCCUCCUGAGGAAGCUGGAAAGCCUUCGCACCUCCUCCGCGAUUUCACCGACUACGAGAUCGCCCAGACCAUUUUCACUUUUCUGUUCGCCUCGCAGGACGCCACCAGCGCGGCUUGCACUUGGUUGUUCCAGCUCAUGGCUGAUCGCCCUGAAAUCCUCGAUAAGGUUCGCGAAGAGAAUGUGCGCGUGCGCAACGGCGACAUCACCGCUCCCUUGUCUAUGGAUCUCCUCGACCAAAUGACCUACACUCGUGCCGUGGUCAAGGAGACGCUGCGCUACCGCCCACCCGUCAUCAUGGUUCCCUAUCUAGUCAAGAAGGACUUCCCCAUCACCGACUCCGUCACUGUUGCCAAGGGCUCGAUGAUCAUCCCGUCUGUUUGGCCUGCCACCCACGAUCCCGAGGCUUACCCCAACCCCGAUUCCUUCGAUCCUGACCGCUGGAUCACCGGUGACGCCGACAAGCAUCCCAAGAACUGGCUGGUCUUCGGCACGGGUCCUCACUAUUGCCUGGGGCAGACCUACGCUCAGUUGAAUCUGAUGGCCAUGAUUGGCAAGGCCAGUAUGGAGAUGGAUUGGGUCCACACCCCCACUCCCGAAUCCGAGGACAUCAAGGUGUUCGCCACUAUCUUCCCUCAGGAUGAUUGCCAUCUGACUUUCCGCCCUCGUGCGUAA